AACAGGGUUAUAACACUCAUGUAAACAUUGAAAAUGAAGAAUUUGCUAGGGAAAAAUCAUCUACAUAUAUAGGUGGUUUAUAUUAGAGGAUAAUGUGAUGAUUAUAUAAGUCACAAUGAAGAAAUACUAAAUAUACGUAUUCAAGGACUACACGUAUAUUGUAUUUCAACACAAGUGUCUAUAUUUAGUUCCUUAUCGCUAACUGGUUCCAUACAGAUAUGACGACAUCGAAGGUUUAUUGACACCUGUUUAGUGUCUAGUAUAUAUACACAGGUCAAUACAAAGGUUCUUACAAGGCUUCGGACUCUUAUAAAAAUGGCGUUCUAUGUAAUAAUUUUGGUUCUGGCGGCAACAACAUGCAAAGACAUGAGUAGCCUUGCCUCCACUACAACGGCUGUAUACACGACGGCUAUAUAUUCCAAACCUGCGAUUGACAUGCCUACUACAUCAACUGAAUGCGUCGAUGUAUUUCACCACUGUGAAACUUUUAGUACAACAGCGUGCGAUGCCAAUCACCAAACAUGGGCUAAGAAAUACUGUGCCAAGUACUGUAAACUUUGUGAUGACUCCUGCGUUGAUUUGGAGCCCAACUGUGAAACAUUUGGCUUAGCUGCUUGUCAGAUGGCUUUUUCAUCAUGGGCAACAAAGAACUGUGCGCGCUUCUGCGGAAUAUGCGUUAGCGGAGAUGUGCCGACACCGCCAUCAGCAGUACACCCAUCUCGGGCUGGGUGUCAUGAUGCCCAAGACUGCACUGCCUACUCCCAUGAUGUGUGUACGAAAUAUGAGAUUUGGGCCCGUCAGCACUGUGCCUUGUAUUGCGGGUUCUGCAGUUGAGUUCAGAGUAAACAAUACGUAAGCACACCAUACGCCGAUUUCCAUGCAUAUCAGGGAUUUUAGUGACUAUAUUAACUCAUUGGUACACAAUGUGACAUAUGAUUAUGUUACAGAAAUAAAUGCAUGUGUGUAAGAUUUG